AUGGUGGAGCUGGCACCCUUGUCUGUGCCGUGGGAGCGCAGGCUGCAGACCUUCGCGGUCCUCCAGUGGGUCUUCUCCUUCCUGGCCUUGGCCCAGAUCUGCUUUGCGGCGUUCAUCGGCCUCCUGUUCACGAGAUUCUGGGUCUUCGCUGUCCUGUACGCGACCUGGUGGUACCUGGACCGGGACAAGCCGCGGCAGGGCGGCAGGCGCAGCGAGGCCUUCCGCCGCGGGGUGAUAUGGAAGUACAUGAAGGACUAUUUCCCCGUCUCCCUCAUGAAGACCGCGGAGCUGGACCCCUCGCGGAACUACAUUGCGGGCUUCCACCCGCACGGCGUCCUGGCCGCCGGCGCCUUCCUCAACCUGUGCACCGAGAGCACCGGCUUCUCCUCGCUCUUCCCGGGCAUCCGCCCCCACCUGAUGAUGCUGACCUUGUGGUUCCGGGCUCCCUUCUUCAGGGAUUACAUCAUGUCCGGGGGGCUGGUCACAUCAGAGAAGGAGAGCGCAGAUCACAUCCUGAGCAGGAAGGGCGGCGGGAACUUGCUGGCCAUCAUUGUCGGGGGCGCCCAGGAGGCACUGGACGCCAGGCCCGGAGCCUACACGCUGUUACUGCGCAACCGCAAGGGCUUCAUCCGUCUCGCCCUGGUGCAUGGGGCGGCCCUGGUGCCGAUCUUCUCCUUUGGCGAGAACGACCUAUUUGACCAGGUUGAGAACUCCUCUGGCUCCUGGCUGCGCUGUGUCCAGAACUGGCUGCACGGGAUCAUGGGCGUCUCCUUCCCACUCUUCCACGGCCGCGGCGUCUUCCAGUACAGCUUCGGGCUCAUGCCCUACCGGCGACCCAUCACCACUGUGGUGGGAAAGCCCAUCGAGGUGCAGAAGACACUGCACCCCUCGGAGGAAGAAGUGGACCGGCUGCACCAGCGCUAUAUCAAGGAGCUGUGCAACCUCUUUGAUGCCCACAAGCUCAAGUUCAACAUCCCUGCUGACCAACACCUGGAGUUCUGCUGA